GGGGGUGUUUUCCCUCCACUGCAUCCGCUACCGAGAGAACGGAGGGGAAUCAAUUCCAUCAGUGCAGGAGGCGGAGCCAACGGUGAGUUAGUGAUGCUCGGCAGGUGCCAGUGAGAUGUAGUCCAGAGCCAGGAGGGAGAGGAGUCUGUGAGAGGACCAGACCUGAGACGGACCCCGGUGCUCGCUGCUCUCCUGCCGUCAUGCUCGCUCCCGCCCUGCUGUGUGCCGCUCUGCUCCUGCUGACCCGCUGGGAGGUCACCGAGGCUCGAGCUCUGCAGCCACCUCCCGACGCCGUGCAGUUCCUGGAGCAGUUCCUGGACCGCUACAACCAGCUGCUGACUCUGGACGACCUGGAGAACCUGCUCAAUACGCAGCCUGAGUCGGAGCAGGCGGCCUCCGACGCCAAAGACGGCGAGUUGGAGUCCCCGUGGCUGCGGCUGCUGAGGGGGGCGGCCAACCAGAAGCGUGCAGACCCCGACCGAUCCCGCCGUGGGUGGAAUCGCGGCUGCUUCGGCCUGAAACUGGACCGUAUCGGCUCCAUGAGUGGCCUGGGCUGCUAGUGUGCCACAGAGGGACUGAUGACGUCAACGCUGGCCACCGUUGCGCAUUCAUGGUUGUGUCUGUCACCACAUGUUCCAGUGUUUGUGCCGUUUGUUUUUCAGUUGCAUGACCCAAACCAGUAAAUGUCCACCAAAUAAAACUUGUUGAUCACC